AUGCCUUCCGAUAAAUUCAACACUGCUGCUGAAGAAGUUAAGCAACUCUCCAAGACUCCUUCUAAUGACGAACUCUUGGAGUUAUAUGCUCUCUAUAAGCAAGCUACUGUCGGUGAUAACCUUACUUCCAAGCCUACUUUUGAUCUCAAGGGACGUUACAAGUGGGACGCAUGGACCAAGCUCAAGGGCAUGUCUCAAGAAGAAGCUGAGCAAAAGUACAUUGAAUACGUUGAAAAGCUCAAGGCCAGUCAAUAA